AUGGCUAGGCGCAGCGCGACACCCUCGGCGGCGGCGACCGGUUCGUCGACCUCUGUCCCGACGACAUCGACGACGACGACACCUGUUGCCGUCCCAGCGGCCAAGCCCGCGGCCUCGAGCUCGUCCUCCUCCUCCUCCGGCUCUGGCAAUGCCCUGCAGAACGUCGUCGACAACCUGCUGUCGCACUACCAAAAGGCGACGCCCCAGCGGACAAAGCUGCUGGACGCCUUUAUGGCCUUUUUGGUCGCCGUCGGCGUACUGCAGUUUGUCUACUGCGUCUUGGCCGGCAACUACCCAUUCAACGCCUUCCUCUCCGGUUUCUCGUCGACCGUCGGCCAGUUUGUCCUGACGGCAUCCCUCCGCAUCCAGACGACGGAGGCCAACAAGUCCGACUUCCCCGCCGUCUCGCCCGAGAGAGCGUUUGCCGACUAUGUCGUGUGCAGCCUGAUACUGCACUUCUUCUGCGUCAACUUUAUCAACUAA